AUGCCUUUACGUGGAACAGAAUUCGCUUUGGAGGGUAACAAGAGUGGGGCGGUAUCCCCGAGGCAGCCCGCAAAAGUAACGCCAAGCUUGAACGAGCGCUUUUCUCAGAGCGCUGACUCCAAGAGAAAGGCAAAGAAAAAGCGUCGUCCGACCAAGUCGAAGGCUGGUGUCCAAAGCCAUGUCAUCGAAAAGCCACGAAAAGUUCAGAAAGAAAAGAAACCACGGCGCGGCAAGGAUGGGACUCCGCGCUCCGAGCGCAAAGGUCGAAAACGUCAACAGAAAGAAGCGAAAACCACCAAAUCAACAGCGGAACUCGAUAUGGAAAUCGAACGCUAUAUGCAAGAGAAUUCGGCGGUUACUCCAAGUUAA